GACAGAUAAUUCUUCUUCGAAUAUAGUGUCAAAGAAGACACGAAUUUAAAUUCUCGGUUGUUGUGCGCUCGGUGCAAGAUGAUUUUGAUACGUAAUAAAAGUAUCCGUGCAUUGAUAUUCAUCGCGAGUAUCCUGUCAGUGAAUUCUAACGAGCUCUUCUCAGCUUACAAUGUUUCCGCCAGAGCCGUUCCGAAGUGUUCCUUGCCAAUAACAGUUUUGGAUUUCAUUCGCAAUACUAGUCAGCCUGAUUUAGAAACUAAAUGGCCCUGCGAAGUACGCUCGUACUGGCUGUCUUUAAAGCCAUUCGUCAAAUCCGUCCGUUUCUUGCUCCGCUAUGUAACGCCAUUUAUUAUAAUACUCGGUGUAUUGCUAAAUGCUAUAUCUUUUAGUAUGUUGAGCGCACCUGUGCUAUGUGACUCCAAUUUGUCACUUUAUCUAAGCGCGCUCGCUAUAUCGGACAAUGGAGCGUUAAUAUUCAAUUACGCCGUCAGCGUCGCAAAAUCACACUCCUCGUCCGUUAACGAUCUUUUUAUGAACAGCAAAUUUUUAUGCGGCGCGAAUUCCGUGAGCAUGGAACUUUUUCAAUUUACGUCGACCUGGCUGAUUGUCGCUCUCACAUGGACGCGUGCCAUCGCCGUGAUGUUUCCAUUCGGAGCUCGCGAUCAGACUCGCUCCGCGAUUACAAUUAUCACCAGCCUAGUCUGCAUAAGCUUCAUAAUAUCAUUAACGAAGCUGUACUCUGGCGGAUACGAAACUGACAGCGUUUUCGAAUUUGUACCGUGCCAGAAGAUGAAGCCAUGGGGCAGCGCCAUGUACUUUUACAUCGCCCUGUCCACGUGGCUGCCCUUGCUUUUUAUAUCGAUCGGCAAUCUGCUACUGAUCGUUCGUAUGAGGAGGUCUUACAAGAUUCACAACGAAUUAACUCAUAAUUUUAGGUACAGAAGCAACAGAAUAAACAAUUCAAGUAGAACGUUGCUCGCGGUAUCGAUAGUACAUUUGAUCUUGUUGCUGCCAUUGGGAAUUGUUGAAACGUUGGAACUUUAUUGGGAUGUGAUUUUAAUCAAAUAUCCCAGUAAUACAGGAGAGAACGACAGAUAUAUACAUUGGUUACAAGAGAAGAUGUUACUAAAGUGGUGCCACGGCCUGUUUUUUCAUAUAUACCACUGGAAUUUCGCAAUAAACUUUUUUCUGUAUUACCUUACAGGAAAUAAAUUCAGAAGUGUUGUUGCGCAAACGUUGAAAAAUUAUACGGAUACAUAUCUGCCGUGCCACAAAAAAGUCUCGAGGUGCAAUACAUGGAGUAACUGUCACAAACAUUUACGAUCUUGUGCAUCACAUUGCUAACGAGAACUGUUGUACGAAGCAAACAAUUCAAUAAUAUGACAAAUAAUUCAAUAAUAUUUAAUGAUAGAAGUAAUUCCAA